AUGGCUCCGUGGCCUCCCGGGAACAGCUCUCUGGCCUCGUGGUCAGACGCCCCGACCUUGGCACCCAGCGCCGCCAACACCAGCGGGCUGCCAGGGGCGCCGUGGGCGGUGGCAUCGGCCGGGGCGCUGUUGGCGCUGGCCGUGCUGGCCACCGUGGGAGGCAACCUGCUGGUCAUCGUGGCCAUCGCCCGGACGCCGCGACUCCAGACCAUGACCAACGUGUUCGUGACGUCGCUGGCUGCAGCCGACCUGGUGGUGGGACUCCUGGUGGUGCCGCCGGGGGCCACCCUGGCGCUGACCGGCCACUGGCCCCUGGGCGCCACCGGCUGCGAGCUGUGGACGUCGGUGGACGUGCUGUGCGUGACGGCCAGCAUCGAAACCCUGUGCGCCCUGGCGGUGGACCGCUACCUGGCCGUCGCCCACCCGCUGCGCUACGGCGCGCUGGUCACCAAGCGCCGCGCGCGGGCGGCCGUGGCUCUGGUGUGGGCCGUGUCCGCCGCCGUGUCGUUCGCGCCCAUCAUGAGCCAGUGGUGGCGCGCGGGGGCCGACGCCGAGGCGCAGCGGUGCCACUCCAACCCGCACUGCUGCGCCUUCGCCUCCAACGUGCCCUACGCGCUGCUGUCGUCCUCCGUGUCCUUCUACGUCCCGCUCCUGGUCAUGCUCGUCGUGUACGCGCGGGUCUUCGUCGUGGCCACGCGCCAGCUGCGCUCGCUGCGCCGGGAGCGGGGCCGCGUCCCGCCCGGGGCCGCUUCGCCGGCCGCGGCGCGCCUCCUGCCCGUCCGCGAGCACCGCGCCCUGCGCACCCUGGGGCUCAUCAUGGGCACCUUCACCCUCUGCUGGCUGCCCUUCUUCCUGGCCAACGUGCUGCGCGCCCUCGGGGGCCCCGCGGUCGUGCCCAGCGCGGCCCUUCUCACCCUCAACUGGCUCGGCUACGCCAACUCCGCCUUCAACCCGCUCAUCUACUGCCGCAGCCCCGACUUCCGCAGCGCCUUCCGCCGCCUCCUGCGCCACCGCCUCCUGCGCCGCCGCGCCCAGGCCCCCCGCGCCCGCGCCCGCGCCCGCCCCGCGGAGCCCAGGCUCGACGACUGUGAAGAAGGGGAACGGGUGGCCGAGAUGUGUCUUGUAAAGCGCUGUCGAGUCCUGGUGGCAGCGUCAGCGUCAGCGUCGGCUGCACCCGAGGCGCAGGUGGUGCUGGGCGCCCCUGGUGGCCAUCGGUGGCUGCAGCAGCUGGAGGGGACCACGGGAGCAGUGCAGUCCAGCCCCCAUAGCACGGGUGAGGAAGCCAAGCUCCAGAGAGGCAAACUGAGGAGCCGAGACCACUUUACUCAAUUGAGGGCCCUGAUGACCAUCGGAGGAUUUGGGCCCACCACAGACACUUGGCUGCAGACCCACAGAGGCAAGAGCUACGCAGGAGCCACAUGGUCCUACACAGCUCUUCGUGCGCUGCCCUCGUCUGUUCUGUUUCUGCAGAUGGAUGUGUCUGGCCGCCCAGAUCUCCCUGUGAGCUCUGACCUGCCCCCCGUGUGGGCGCUUUAG